AUGACAUCCAAUUCAUCUGUGUCACUCUCUACAACCCUCGACCCGUUGCCGCCUGUUUUACAACGUGGCCUUGUAGCGGUGGCAUUCUUUGGCAUUCUUUCACUUGUAACCAGCCUGGGCCUCUUCACCUUCUUGACCUAUCGCUUGUGUGUCUGGAAAGUCAAGGGUCAACUCCAAGAUGGCCCCAAUCAGUUUCUCAUCCUCAUAUACAACCUCGUCCUGGCAGAUAUUCAGCAAGCCAUAUCUUUCUCCUUGACGUCCGCAUACCUUGCUGCGGGCAAGAUCGAGGUGGGAACCACAACAUGUUGGGCGAACGGCUGGUUCGUGUCAGUCGGAGACCUGGCGUCGGGCGUAUUCAUCUUCGCGAUUGCGUUGCAUACGUUCUUUGCUGUGGUCAAGUCUCGACGACCGAGUAGUAGAGUGUUUUACUCCUGCAUUGGAGGCGCAUGGAUCUUCGUUUAUGCUAUGGCUAUCAUCGGAGUCGGGAUAGACGCCAAACUCUAUGUGAGAGCUGGCGCAUGGUGCUGGAUCUCACAUGACCACGAUGCUGAAAGAUUGUGGCUGCACUACUUCUGGAUUUUCAUCUGCAUGUUCGGCACUGUCUUCGUUUAUGCACUGAUAUUGCUCUCAAUCCAGACAAGAUCCCGAAUAUGGUCACACCAGAGAACACCAACGCAAGAGAGCGAUCCUGCUGUUCUGAAGCGAGCAGCAAAAUAUAUGAUCAUAUAUCCUGUCGUGUACGUGAUUUGUACAUUGCCGCUUGCAGGCGCACGUAUGGCGUCAAUGCGAGGCAUGGUAGUGCCGUACUGGUGGUUUUGUCUGGCAGGUUCAGCAAUUACAUCGUGCGGUUGGUUGGAUGUUCUGCUAUAUGCGAUGACUCGGCGCGUGCUGAUUUUCAAUCACGACCCGCCGCCGCCGGAUGAUAUUGGCCUCGACACUAUUGGUUGGAAACAUUCUGGAGAAGGGUUCUGGGGUACGACAACUACCAUCACUGGACCUGUUGGACCUCACAAUGUUCGAAGACGCGACAAACGACGUGGGUUGGGCCGCCUUACACCAAAACUCCGUCACAGACACUCGGAUGAGGACCAUCUCGCGAAUCAUCCAGAAGGGGUCAUAGCAGCGAAGACUACGGUGGAGAUCCAGACAUGCAGUGUCCCCCAAUAUGCCGAGUCCACGGAGCUUAGUGUGAUGGACGGGGAUGAUAAGAUUGAGCGUGCUCAUAGCCGUUGA